UGUCGGAUUUCAAAGUUGUGUGUCGACAUUAGAGUUUCGUGCUUACAAAUAGACGGACUUAUACAGCUUGUAAGGUUUCUUAAUAUUAUUUUUAAAGUAAAAUGUGUUGUUAGAGUAAAAAAAUGGCGCUUAAAGUAACUAAUGGAACUGAAUUGACUGAUAAAAAAGUGAAUAAGGGAAAAAAUGAAAAUAAUAGUGAAGUGGAACAAGAAGUGGUUAAUACAUCAUUUUCAAAGAAGUUUAAGAAUUUCAUAAAUUUCUUUACUGUGGAACCGUUUCUUUUUUGUUACAUAUUACCUAAUAUAAUAUCAUCUUUAGCAGUUCAAAAAUUGAACAUGGAAAAAGCAUGUCGCGCGGAUCUUAAUUAUUCUGAAUAUAUUUGUUCUCAAGCUAUAUCAGGUGAAUUCGAUGAUAAUAUAACAGAAACUGCUCUGGGCCUAGCCCAAACCUUAGUGGCUGAUAUGACGAGCUGGAAACAGCCCCUACAAAGUGGAAUACCUGCUCUUUUAAUCCUAUUCGUUGGAGCGUGGAGUGAUAAAACUGGAAAUAGGAAAUAUCUUAUGCUCAUUCCGAUGUUUGGGGAGCUUGUAUCAGCUGUCGGAUUAAUUUUGGCAACAUAUUUCUUUCUUGAAUGGCCGUUAUGGGUAACAGGGUUAAUAGAAGCACUACCUUCAGCGUUUUCGGGAGGUCUUUCGAUCGCUUUAAUGGGUUCUUACAGCUAUAUUGCUGACGUCACGACUGUUGAGACUCGUACGUUUAGAAUGGGUUGCGUAGCAGUAAUUGUUACCUUAGGAAUACCUUUGGGAUCUUCCAUUAGUGGUGUAUUGUUAGAACUAGUAGGCUUCUAUGGAAUAUUUGGUAUUGGAGCAGUUCUAUACGCUUUUGGUUUUCUUCACACUUAUUUUAGAAUACACGAUAUUAAUCGUGUUGAAGUUGAAGGCACGUUUCUACAAAAACUUUAUGAUUUCUUCAAUCCAAAAAAUGCUUGGGAUACACUUUCACUGCUAUUCCUUACGCCUAAGAAAGAACUUAUCCAAAUAUGGCUAGUUGUUUGGGCACAUAUUGUUGUCAUCGGCCCAGUAUUCGGUGAAAGCACUGUAUUGUUUUUAUAUACACUGAAAAAAUUCAACAUGGGUGUGGUGGAGUUCAGUCUCUUUUCAACAUAUUCCGUGUUAAUGGGACUAGCCGGUACUGCCUUUACUGUAACAGUUUUGAGUAAAAUUCUUAAGGUUCAUGACGAUCUCAUUGGGGCAAUAGCGACAACAAGCAAAGUUCUCUCCAGUUUUGUUUAUGGUUUAGCUCCAAAUAAAUCUUGGUUUUAUGCUGGACCGGUUCUUGAUUUCUUUGGUAAUUGUGGAUCAACAGUUGUCAGAUCUCUGGGAACUAAAGUCGUCGAUCCCGAUGAAAUUGGCAAAAUCUGUUCACUAAUUGGUUUCGUGGAGGCAAUCGUGCCGGUUAUCUACAGCCCAAUUUAUAGCAAGUUAUAUUCUAAAACACUUGAAACUUUGCCUGGAGCAUUUUAUCUUCUCGGCGGCUCGAUGACUAUACCAGCGGUUUUUAUAUUCAUAUUCCUUUACUUCAUUCAUAAAAGACAAGAGAGGGAUGUUGUUAAAAAUCCAGAUGCGAAGACAAUGCAUGCCCACGAUAAUGCUGUUACUGUUCUUUGAAAUG